CUCCAUCACCACACAACGAGGUCCCCCUUUCACAAAACCCUAAUUUGUAUCAUGGCCACCAUCAAACCCUUCCUCCUGGUCCUCCUCUUCUCCAUCUUCUCCCCAAUCUCAAGCUCCAAAACCCACCACCCACUUGACCCGCUAACCCAGGAAGAGCUCUCAUUGGUCCAGCUCAUCGUCAAGAAAUCCUAUCCACCCCGCUCCAACCCAGUCUUCCACUACGUCGCCCUCGACGAGCCGGAGAAACACAACGUCCUGUCAUGGCUCGCCAAGCGCGAGCCCGAGCCACUCCCGCGUCGGGCCCAGGCCAUCCUCCGAGUCCACAAGCAGACCCACGAGCUGGUGGUGGACCUAAAGGCCCGGAAGGUCGUCAGCAAGCACGUCCACCGCGGGCCUGGGUUCCCUUCGCUCACGCUCGAAGAGCAGACCGCGGCCAACGACCUCCCGCUGACUUACGGCCCGUUCCUCCGGUCAGCGGCGAAGAGAGGGAUCGACGUGUCCCAGGUGGUGUGCUCCGUGUUCACCGUGGGCUGGUUCGCUGAGGAGAAGCAGUUCAUCGGGAAGAGGGUGGUGAAGAUCCAGUGCUUUUCGAAGAAGGACACGGUGAGUGUUUAUUUGCUGCCGGUGGAAGGUUUGACCAUUGUGGUAGACUUGGAUGAGAUGAGGAUCGUGGAGUACAAAGACAGGGAAGUCGCUCCCAUGCCCAGAGCUGAAGGGACGGAGUACAGAUUGUCGAAAUUACCCCUGCCUCAUGGUCCUCGUAUCAAUGGUGCUAGGCUGGUCCAGGAGAAUGCUCCGGGUUUCACUAUUGAUGGCAAUGUCGUCAGAUGGAUGAACUGGGAAUUCCACGUGUCGUUCGACGCCCGUCCGGGUCUGGUCAUAUCCAUGGCCCGAAUCUACGACCCGGACCAGAAGGGCUUCCGCAGCGUCAUGUACAGAGGCCACAUCUCCGAGCUCUUCGUCCCCUACCAGGACCCCACGGAGGACUACUACUACAAGACCUUCUUCGACAGCGGCGAGUUCGGCUUCGGCGUCUCCGCCGUUUCUCUGGUUCCCAACGGCGACUGCCCCUCCCACGCCGUCUACAUGGACGCCUUCUACGCCGGCCCUGACGGCACUCCCGUCCACGUUCCCAAUGUCUUUUGUAUCUUCGAGAGGCACGCCGGCGAGGUCAUGUGGCGCCACACCGAGCUUGCCAUCCCUGAUGUCACGAUAGCUGAAUCUAGGCCGGAGGUGAGUCUGGUGGUGCGGAUGAUCGUCACAGUCGGGAACUACGACCACGUCAUCGAUUGGGAGUUCAAGCCGAGCGGUUCGAUCAAAACCCAGGUCGGCCUGACCGGGAUCCUGGAGGUAAAAGCGGCCAACUACACUCACGCGGACCAGGCCGCCGCGAGCGAGGAAGCACACGGCACGUACCUUGCGGAACACACCAUCGGACUGUACCACGACCACUUCCUGACCUACUACCUCGACAUCGACGUUGACGGCGCCACCAAUUCGUUCGUCAAGAAAAACCUCGUCCCACGAAGAAACACCAACACGGGCCACCACCGUACCCCGAGGAAGAGCUACUGGACCGUGGUGACCGAAACGGCCCGGACCGAGUCGGAGGCCAAAAUUCGGCUCGGUGCCGGUCCGACCGAACUGGUCAUCGAAAACCCUAACAAGAAGACCAAACCGGGUAACCCGCACGGAUACCGGUUGAUACCCGGACCGGUGAUCCACCCGCUUCUGGCGCCCGACGACGGCCCGCAGAUCCGGGGGUCGUUCACGAACUACAACAUUUGGGUGACGCCGUAUAACAAGACGGAGCGGUACGCCGGCGGGAAGUACGUUGACCAGAGUCAAGGGGAGGAUGGGUUGGCGGUUUGGACUAGGAGGAAUAGGAAGAUUGAGAACGAGGACAUUGUGAUGUGGCACGUGAUUGGGUUCCACCACGUGCCUUGUCAGGAGGAUUUCCCGAUGAUGCCGACUUUGUCCGGCGGGUUUGAGCUCCGACCGACGAAUUUCUUCGAGCGGAGUGCCGUGUUGAAGGCCGUGCCGCCUCCGCCUAUGAAAGCUGAUGGCUGUGGUGUGGUUGAGCCUUAAAAGCCAUCAUCUUGUUGUUUGUUUGGGUGGGUGGGGGGUUUGGCUUCCGAUAAAAGGGCAUCGGAAAC